AUGUCUGUCAAGUAUAUUUUUGCUCUGGUUACCUCUCAUAUGUGGGUCGGCGAGACCAUCCAUCCUGCUCUCAUGAAAUCUGUGAUAGGAGGAGGUGUUCUUGCUCACGCCUAUUAUCCUACUCCGGAUAACGUCUACUCUUUUUCCGGUGACGCCCACUUUGAUGGGGACGAAGACUGGAAUGACGGGCCACAUAAAGGUAGGAUUUUCGUGCCAAGAAUGGCCAUUAUUAAUUUAGUCUGCUGUAUAAACCCUUACUGGUAUGCAAACUAA